ACCUACACCUACACCGCCACGGUGAGAAAUGCUGUCAGCAGCUUACAGGCCAGCUGCUCAGUGCAAGUACAGUCAAAAGUCAGCGAUCUGCAGCUUAUCUACCCCACACCACUCAGCGGGAAGCUCAACAUACCCACAAAGCAGGAGAUUUUCCUGGUCGUCAAGAUCACCUCCGGCUGCAAGGCUGUGGCUAACUGGAUGUCCCCGGUGGACAUGGCUGGGGUGCCGUUUGUGGCCGCCUGCCCAGCAGGGAUUGUGCUGCAUGUCUCCUCUGCUACAGAGAGACCACUGACACCUGGUUCUCCUCAGUGAAGCUUGUCAUGGAUAAACCAAGAGAGGAGGAGAUCUUGGACAUCCUUGUUUCCAAUGAGGUCAGUGCCCAGAAGUUGUCCGUGAAGAUUCAGUCACAUGAUGCCAUUGAUGGACUCAGGGUGGUGCCUCCUGGACCAUGCCGGAUGCUAGUGGAUGUGUCACAGGUAUUUACUGCUGAGAUCAGCCAGGGGUCCUCUGUCUCUUACACCUGGGUGAUUGAUAACAUGGACAUGUUUGCCUACAAUGGUCAGAGCUACAGUGUCACAUUUAAGAGACCUGCCACAUAUAAGCUAAAGUUGACAGCAAAGAACCCGGUGAGCUUCAAAUCUUUGGAACUGAUGCUCAUAGCUGAACCCAUGAACCCCUUGGCUCACCCUGAAUUGCUGGGACUCCCUGGAAUUGUGGAAGUCAAUGUUCCCCAGACCGUGAUAUUCAGGUGGAAGUAGACACUGCUGUGGAUGUCAUGGUGAGGUAAGAAGCAAGGCAAGGAAGUCUGGAUAGGUGCUUU